AUGCCAAGGAAACGAACUCCAAAAAAUGAUGACGUCCCUCCGAGCCUUGACGAAAAAAACGCUCAAAUUCAGAAAAUGAAGGCAGACUUGAAGAAACUCGAUGCGGAAAUACUUGCCGAGAAGAAGAAAGGACGCGAAGCGAAACAAAAACAUAAACAAGACAUGGAGAGAUUGAGAUGGCAAGAACGCGGUAUCAACAACGAAAUUUUCUACCAAACUUCAAGACAUGCAAUUCAAAUUGGUGUAUUAAAGAAAGACUAUGACAAGACAAAAAUCGAAUUGGCACAGCUUCGAGUUGACCUGAAAUUAGCAACUGAUGAGCAAGUCAAGGCGGAAAUUGUGAAGGAGGAUCAGGAUACAAGAGAGCGUCUGGAACGGAGAACCAAGCAUUUGGAGGAGGUAUUGAAUUCAGGAUCGAACAGGAAGGUUUGGAAGGAGUGUGAGCUCUGCUCCCUGGAGUUCGAGGAGCAUGGACUCUGGAUUCCAAAAGUGUUGAAAUGCGGUCACACGUUUUGCUGGGGAUGUGUCCAGCGACUCGCAAAACCGGACUUCAUCAGAUGUCCAAUCGACAAAACCGUCUUCGUUUUCUCCGAGAAUGAUGACGUCAACAAGAUUCCGAAGAACUUCCGAGCCUUGAAUGCUUUAUAA